UCGUGUACCUAUUUAUAUUCACCCGUGGGGGUAAACAUGACUAUAUAUACUGCGAUUACUUAAAGUUUUGCAUACGCAUUCGCAGCCGCAUUAAGCAUUUAGCAGUUCACCGGGUAGUCACAUCUGCAAAAUACACUCAACCGACAAUGCAAGGACUUAAGACUGUGAGUUUCCUGUGCGUGGCUUUCGCCUGCUUGGCGCACGCCGCGGUAAUCAACGAGCCGUCCGCACCCGCUCAAUACGACUUCAGCUACGCCGUCAACGACCCGGUCACCGGUGACCAAAAGGAUCAACAGGAAACUAGAAACGGUGACGACGUUACCGGUUACUACCGCACCGUGGACUCGGACGGUUUCCUGCGCACAGUCAAAUACAAGGCCGACGCUGUCAACGGAUUCACCGCCGAAGUCCUCCGUGAACCGGUCAACGGUGCCGUCGCCGUGCCAGUCGUCGCAAAGGCUGCCGCCGUCGUCAAACCAGCCGUCGUCCCGGUGGUCGCCCCGGCCGUCGCACCCGCCCCGUACGUCAGCCCCGUCCCGUACGUCGCACCGGUAACUCCUUACUACUCCGGUUACCCGUACAACUAUCAGCCGUACUCGUACGGUUACCAACAGUACCCGUACAGCGCCGGCUACUCUCCGUACUCGUACGGUCAAUACGCUUACAACGGCCAAUACGGUUACCCAUUCGUCCGCAAGUAAAUAUUACGUCCGAAAAAACGGGUCCCCGCCACGCGUGUACAUAACUCAACGCUCGUCCCGCGAAAUGUCGCUCCUGCAUCAUGUUUCGCGCCAGCAAUGACGAUAAGUUGAACAUAAUGUAAUAAUAUUAAUUUCUUCGAUAUUGUAUUUUCGUCUGUUUAAAAUUUGUAUCUGUCUUUUUAUUGUGUACUUACGAUGAUAUUAUGUAAACAAAAAUAAUUGCAUUGAUCAAUAAAGUGUACGUGUAAGUACGUUUGUUUCUUCUAUAUAUAA